CCCUGCUGUCACAUAGUAACUAUGCUGGGAAUGUAGCAGCAAAACCCUGCGAGAAGCCGCCGGGGCUCCGUCCACAUCUCGCGAGACUUGGCGGCCGCCUCCUGCCGAUGCUUCCCCAGCAGCUCCCGGAGCUAAACGUGCGGCCAGACAGCGGCGGAGCCCGACCAUGCCAGCCCGUGCCCAGGACCGAUGCCUCCAUGCCAACAGACUAAGUGUUGCCGCCAUCGCCUCCACCUCCUUAAUCUGAAGCCGGGCCCAGACGACCACCAUCUUUAAUGGCUCGCCUGUCAUAUAUGCGGAUUAAAUACCUCUUCUUCUCAUGGCUGGCGGUGUUCAUCGGCAGCUGGGUGAUAUACGUCCGAUACAACUCGUACACGGAGCUCUGCAGGGGACAUGAGUGUAAAGCCACCAUAUGUGACAAAUACCGGAAGGGGAUCAUUGACGGAUCGGCCUGUGAAGGUCUCUGCUCCAAGGAAACCAUUUAUUUGGGGAAAUGUUUGUCAACGAAGCCAAACAACCAGAUGUACCUGGGACUCUGGGGGAACCUGGACGGGGUGAUCAAGUGUCAGAUGGAAGAUACUCUACAUCCGGAUUUUGGAACAGAAUUAGAGCCAAGGAAAGAGAUUGUUCUGUUCGACAAACCCACGAGAGGGACGACCGUCCAGAAGUUCAAAGAGAUGGUGCACAAUCUUUUCAAAACUAAAUUAGGAGACCAAGGGAACCUCCGUGAUCUAGUAAACCUCAUCCUAGCAGCCGCAGAUGGUAAUAAGGACGGCCACGUGUCUCUCCCGGAGGCCAAAUCUGCAUGGGCGCUUCUACAACUCAAUGAGUUCUUGCUGAUGGUGAUCCUUCAAGACAAGGAGCACACCCCAAAAUUACUGGGAUUCUGCGGGGAUCUGUACAUAACGGAGCACGUCCCCUCCACCUCGCUUUACGGGAUCAGUCUACCGUGGAUCUUCGAAAUAUUUGUCCCUCAAGGACUGAGAAAGAGGAUGGACCAGUGGUUCACCCCGUCCUGGCCCAGGAAGGCUAAGAUAGUAAUCGGUCUUCUUGAGUUCGUAGAAGACAUUUUUCACGGACCUUACGGAAAUUUUCUUAUGUGCGACACAAGUGCCAAAAACUUUGGUUAUAACGACAAGUACGACUUGAAGGUGGUGGACAUGAGGAACGUUGUCCCGGAGACGCACGUGAGGGACGCCAUCAAAGACCGACCGUGUGAAUCGGACGCGGACUGCGUGUACGGUACGGACUGCAGCGCCGUGUGCGACCAAAGCAAAAGGAAAUGUACCGCAGAUGUCAGCCAACCAAAUCUAGCCAAAAUCUGUCAACUAGUGAAGGACUACCUGCUCCGAGGGACGCCCCUCCGAGAUCCGGGAGAGCUGGAGAAACAGAUCUACUCCUGCAUCGCCCUGAAAGCUGCUACGAAGGAAAUGGAGAUGCAACAUUCCCUCAUCCUAAAUAACUUAAAGGCUCUUUUAUGGAAAAAGAUCUCGCAUACGAAUGAUUCCUAACGUCCGGGAGACGUCCCCACCCUCAUACGGCAGCAGCUGCUGUGUGCGAUGUAAAUUUUACGUUACUUUUAUGUAACAUUUUUUUCCACUUUUUCCGUUAAAUAUCUUCACCUCUUUAAACCCAGCGACAAAUAUAUUUCUCAUUCGGCCAUCCACGUGUUCAGUUUUUAACGCAAACUGGCGUUUCGCUUUAUGGUUGUCGUUCUAACUCAUCGACUCUUGCUCCAAAGUGACUGGUAGCGCGUGACAUGCACUUAUAUUGCCUCAAAUGUUGGCAGCCGCCCCCCGCCGUUCAUACGGUCGCGUCUUAUUUGCUCCAUUCAGGAUGUUACAAUGCUGUGAAAUUUGCCUCCUCCUCCUCUUGACGGCGUUUUUAUAGGACAUUAACUAUAUUAUUAUUUUAUUAUUAUUAUAUUUUUUUGGUUUUGUAAGAACGCCAGCCAAAAGACCACUCGUGGCGUAGUGUGGUCAAAUCAAAGCUGCUGUUUUAUUAGAUGGAAUUAAGGAAAUGGAGGUAAAGUUUACUGAUCAGUUAGCAUGGAUGAAUUUGCACACGAUUGUUCAGAGCAGAACUAAACAAUAACCUGCCAUUAAAAUGUGGAUCAUCAACUGAGA